AUGUGGCUGUUCCUGGUUCUGUUCCUUCCUGUCGUCCAAGGCUCAUAUCCCCUCAGGGCGGUGUCAAAUGCAGUCAGUGGCCCUCUGCGGGGCUCACUGAUCGUGCAAUGUCGCUAUGAUCCUGGGUGGGAGACCUACAAGAAGUGGUGGUGUCGAGGAGCCGAGUGGAGUAACUGUCGUAUCCUUGUUAUAACCAAUGGAUCAGAGGAGGAAGCAAAGAGUAACCAAGUGUCCAUCAAGGACAAUCGGAAACUGCACACAUUCACUGUGACCAUGGAGGAGCUCAGGUGGAAUGAUGCAGACACCUAUUGGUGUGGGAUUGAGAAAUCUGCAACUGACCUUGGGGUUGAAGUCAAAGUGACCAUUGACCCAGUCACCAUGCAGUGUCACUACGGCCCAGAGUGGGACACCUACGUGAAGUCCUGGUGUCAAGAGGCUGAUCUGAAUGGCUGCAACAUCCUUGCUCAAACCACUGGAUCAGAGCUGAAGAAGAACCAUGUGUCCAUCAAUCAGAAAAAGCGCACAUUCUCCAUGCGCAUAUGGGGAGAGUAA